AGCGAGUUGGACAAAGCAAGUGAUGCGCUGGCUUCCUCCGAAAACCGCUCCCAAUCUCUGGGGAAUACUGGCUUAUUGAGCCUGGACCCUGUGGAAGACAGAACUGCCCCCUAUGACAAGCUUCUAGAAACCUACGACUGGCAUGAAAAGGUACCUUAUGAUUUAUAACUAAGAUUAACGUGAUUAACACAUUUUUAUCAAAAAUGUACCUGAUAACUUAAAGAAUUACUGUAAGUUCUUAACACAUGUUAUUUCAUGCUUAAAAAAUGUUUGCAGAUUAAGGUUUUGUUCUUAUACAUAAAUUUUAUUUUUCAACCAAGCACAACUUCAGUAAUUUUCAGAAACCAAACUGGAGCGUAGAUAGAAAGAUGAGGAUAUGAGGAGAAUUGUUGUAUUAUUGUUGAGCCUUGGCCAUUCACUGAGGAACCAGUGAAUUCCAUGAUGACGUUGUUUGAUGACAACUACAUGAACCAGGAUUCACUUUGUUUUUGCCCUCUUAUUCAAAUUAGUAAUUAAUCCUAGCAAGUUCUACUUAAUUACAUGUAAAUUUUGUACUUUUAUUAGUAAAGUAGUAAAAAGGUCUCAACGUACUCAAGGAAACAAACACUGGGUGGAUUAUUAAGUAGUUUUUGUCAAAAAAACUCAUUGUGAAAAGGCCUUGUAACAAAACCACACUGUAACUAAUUUUCAAUUUGCCCAACAGUUUUAUCUAAACAUCAUUUAUUGUGAACAGUUUUAUGAAAGCAUUUAGAGAAGACUGGAAAAGCAUUUAUCUUCUUAAAACAACCCACCAAAGAAGAGAUCUGGAGUUUCAAAUAUUCGGUAAACCGUUGCUUAAGUUAGACUUUAUUAAAAUAUUUGGCCCUAUAUGUUUAGUAAAUUAUAUAUAAAUUUCUGAUAUUAAGCAAGCAGCAAAUUUAACCUCUAUUUAAGGUUGGUUUUGACCAAAGUUCAGAUUCCACUUUCAAAAUGAUGGCUUUCUUUUUCCAACUGCAGAAGUUGUGUCUUAAACCGCAAGAGUGCAUGGAUCUUCUUUGCAUUUCUUUCUUCAUCCCUCUGUUCCAAUUAUAUGUGAAAUUCGUAUAUUCAUUGUUUCAUAUAUAAUGUUUUCAUCAGUUGACUUCAGAGGCACAGCAGGCUUUAUCAUGCCUAAAACGACAUCAUCCUUCAGCAGUUCAAAGCUCAGAUGGAGCCUCAGCAGCAAAGAAAGCGAAAGGUCAAUGUAAAAAGGUAAGGAAUGUUCUGUCAUACAUCUUUUUCACUAGAAUGUCAUAAAUAAUUGCCACAUACCAGUGCUUGAAAUGCAUUUAGCUAAAGGUUAUGCAAAAUGUUUAAUGUUCAAAAGCACCACCAUUAUUGUGAUGCGUGAAAAUGGUAUUGAAUAAAAUGCUCAUGUAAAGUGCCAAAUAAAUACAUUUUCCACCCAAAGUCAAAGAUUGGGAACGAGGCUGUGUCCACUGUGUGGGUACCUAUUAAUCGAUUGAGUACUAAUCAACGGGAUAUGAAUUGAUUUUUGUAAACGACGUAACCCGUAACUGACUUAGCUUUUAGGUCAAGAUGGCUCAGUCCAUAAAACAAGCAAAAGAGAAGGUCAGCACAUGUUUCUAAGAAGUGUAUUCAUGACAUGUUCAUGACAUUUCUUUUUUAUUCACCUUUCAUUAGCGAAAUAUCAAAUGCCUUAAAAGAAUUCAAGACCAUGUAUCCUCAGUUAGAGUUUUCAUGGUCUAAAAGCAAUGGCUGGGGAGUUCUUGUUUUCGAGGUUAGUGUGAUUUUUGUAUUUAAAGUUGAGAUUAAGUGCAGUUAGUUUGCAUAUUGAAUUGCAAAAAUGUCAGUAAUAUUAUCAGGCAGAUUAUUGCUUACUUUAAGGAUUUACUCUAUAUUAACUUUGGUGGUUCCCUUCAUUUUUUUUUUUUUUAAUGUGGUAGUUAUUCAGUAAUAAAGUCCCAUCUUUGGGAAACAUUUCUAGUUCUUUGCACACACAGCAUACCAGUGAUAGUAUGAUUCUAAAUACAUUGUUGUAAAAGUAAAAACUUGUUCAUCCUUGAUGGAGAGUUCUUUGCCAAUGCCAAUUUACCAAUUUACGAGUACGUUUACAGUGUGUAUAGGUGUUGUUACCGAAAGGUUUUCUUACUGUGGAAUUUUUGCUGGCAAUACCAUAUUUCAAACCCCGAAACCUACAAGAAAUCGCUAUCAAAACCAUAAUCAAUAUCAUAACCAAUUCCAUAACCGUUAUUGUAAAGAGGGUCUCAAAGCAUUUAACUAUUUUCAUAAUUAUUCAUAAUCUUAACCGUGGUAGCUGUACAAUCAUAAUCAUAAUUGUAAUCUUAAUCAUCAUAGUCAUCAUCAUCAUCAUACCUGUAAUCAUCAUCAGAAACAUAUUUGUUAUAUCCAUUUUGAAAUCACUAGUGAUCCCUGCAGUCUGAUUGGUUCUCAACAGUGUGAUUUAUUCACAAAUCACACUAUUUUUUUGGCUCUAAAACACAUCUGUUCUAAAUCCCAUCAUUGAUCUGUUUUAAAAUCGCACCAUUUUUUUUUUUACUCAAUAUCGCAUCAUUUCUGUUUCGAAUACAAAAUGCGAUGUAAAAGCCUUUUUUCCCGCUUUUCAACAAACCGGCAACUUGAUCAAUAAAAUAUUAAUACUGACUGAAUUUUGCGAUUGCAAUAUGGCUGUAAUAAAGUGGUAAUUGUAAAAAUCACGUUUUAAUCAUUAUAAGUGGUCAGUGAAGUAAGUUUUUGACCCUUUUAAGUUAAGGUCUUAGCUUUCAGGAAUUGGCGAGUGGAAAACGGCGCUAAAGCGACCCUUGAACUCAGUACUCUGUAUUUCUACGUCAGGUGGUCGUUCCUAAGACGUUCAAGGCGGUAUUCUCCAUGCCGCCGAGAAUGACAGAGAUCGACCGGCUUGUCAUCCGGGGACUACAGGAGAACCCUUUACUGGAAAAG